AUGCUAACUCUCCUUUUUCCUUCGCCCUCCUGUCGCCCUCGUCUCCCUCUUGGAGGGCACACCGGCGGUUGUUCAGUGGUAGCGCCAGAAGGGCGGUGGAGGCCGAGGAGAGUGGCUGGAAGAGAGGACCAACUCGAUGGCUCGCCCCCUGGCUUUGGGGGUAUUCCACUCCCACGCCUCUCCGGCUGCCGCGUCCCCCCUUCUGCGGCAGCCUCCUCUGCAGGGUCAUCAUUUGUCGGAGCCAGAGAAGAAGCAUAUAAGAGGAGACUGAUGGAACCCCCGGAGGCGGCGCUGGUGCCAUUUCCCCCGGGCCUUACUCCAGAACUGAUGCCGCGGCACGUGGCGUUCAUCAUGGAUGGCAACUCCAGGUGGGCGAAGGAGCGGGGGCUGCCCACAUCGGCCGGACACGAGGCUGGGUAUCGGAGCCUAAGGGAGAUUGUCCGAUUGUCUAGCUACUGGGGUAUUAAGGUCCUUACUGUCUUUGCCUUCUCCUCUGAGAACUGGCUCCGGCCAAAGGUGAGGCCCAUUCUCUACCCAUCCCUCAGUAAUCAUCAAACCAGUUCCAUUGAGUUGCUCUUUGCUAUGAUUUCAGACCGAAGUGGAUUUCCUGAUGAGGUUGUUUGAAGGGGUCAUCCGAGAGAACUUGGAGGAUUUUAAGAGGUACGCCCACAGCAGUCUAUAGCACUUUGUCGAACAUAUAAAUCACCACUGUAAAUUAACGAUCGUCUGAGUUCUUCUUCUGUGGUCUUGAGAGAGGUACUCAAGUCUCCAUACUAAACGAACGAAGACACCUAAAAGCAUGUGGCAACCAAACUUGUGUUUGUCUAUUCAAUUUGCAGAAACUAAUGGAAUGCCAUGGCUGAAAGAAAGGCAAUCGUUAUUCAUCUUCGCUUACAAUCUCGAAAGUUAUAAAGCCAUUUUAGAAAUUUCUUUCCGUCCCAUGUCAGUUCCGUGGUGAUCAAUAACUUUAACUGAUCUUCUUCGAAUUUUAGCCUGUGUUUCGCUGGACACAUUAUCUGCUCCUGACCUUUACUUUUCCUAGCUCGGAUGAGGUUUCUCUUGAAUUUUCCGUUCCACAGCUGUGUGUCAUGGCUGUCAAGAUCGAUACGGUUUUUAACUUUCCUCUAUAACUCCUCUUCUUUAAGGGUGCCCCUCCCAUUUAUUUGAGGGAUUUUUGAUGGAAGUAUUUUUUUUUUUACUGCGGUUAUUGUCUUUCUUUGCUUUUCCUCAAGUCGCUUUGCAGCUAGGACUAUAUCUCAUGAUAUGUGCCGAAAUAGAGAUGCUUCUCCUAUAACAGUAGACCCUUACAAGUUUCAGCUGUGGAUUAAUUGGUUGAUCAUGCGUAUUCUAGAAAUAGUUAGAAGUAUUUAGGAGAUUUCAUUGAACUAAAUUACACCCCGGAUACAUUGGAAAAGCUGAACUUAUACCCUUUAUAGGAAUAUCAUUAUCUAGGAAAGAAAUCCAGCCAAUUCUGUCAUUGUAACUAUCCUGUCUAGGUUUCUUCUGUUUUUUUCUCUGAAGUUUGUAUCACUUAUACAAAUGAAAUAUUAUCUUGGAAUUGUUUUGGAAAUUACAGUUAGGAUGAUAUUCUAGCAGGAUUCUCUUCUACUCCAUACAACCUAUGCGAGAUAUAACGUGGAGAUCACCUCGGUUUCAUUUUUUUAGUGAAAAUCAUGAUGAUUAGGAUUCACUCCAGGAUGCAGACCCAAUUGUUGACAUGUAAACUCCCAGACGCAUGACAUACAAACAUUUUAAAAUACAUUUUACAUACGACGACUAUUUCGUGGGAGCUAGGCACUCAGACCUGUUGGGGGCUGACAACCGCAUCGUUGGGGAUCUAGGGGGUAUACCAGUCAUGUUCUCGGGGCUGUGGCAGUCUUGGGAGUCGCCUGAUCCGACCCAAGUAACACCAACUCUCCUCAAAGGACUACAUGUUUUGUCUGUUUUGGAUGGCCGAUAUGACAAGGUGUCAACCUCGCGACACAAGAUCGUACGGAUAUAUGUUGUUAUAUCCUUCAGAUGCAUCACUGUCAAUGACUAGGGCAGAAACAGAGGGACCUUCCUGCGGCUGUAGUUUACGGUAGUAGGGCCGAAGAUGUCCACUGAAGACGGUGAUGUAGAGGUUUCCAUGUCCUUCAACCCACUUGUGGAAUGGCUAGGCAAUCUUGUCUUUGAAUAGUGUCUUCACUUGUGGCUUGUUUUCCUUAUAUUGUUGUUUUCUUCUCUUCAACAGGCAAGGAAUUCGAUUGUGCAUCAUUGGCGAUGCCACAAAACUCCCACCAUCCCUACAGAAGCUGGCGAUGGAAGCUGCAGAGGUUACAAGGGAGAAUGCAGUGAUAGAAUUGCUAGUGGCUGUUAGUUAUAGUGGGCGCAGUGACAUUGUACAAGCAUGUCAAAAGAUUGCACAGCGAGUGAAGGAUGGUACGCUCGAGCCUGCUGACAUCACGGAGGCAGUGAUUGAGGAAGAACUUGUGACAAAUUGUAUAAUCAACUCUCCUUACCCAGAUCUUCUUAUCCGGACAAGCGGUGAGCUGAGAUUGAGCAACUUCCUUCUGUGGCAAUCUGCCUACUCCGAACUCUACUUUUCCAAGUCACUGUGGCCUGAUUUUGGGGAGGCCGAGUAUGUUGAUGCUCUCUCUUCAUUUCAGCAAAGGCAACGGCGGUUUGGCCUACGAACAUAA